AUGAAAGGUUUUACAAGUGUCCUUUCGGAGUUAACAGAGCGUGUAGAAGGGGAAGAUAAAGCAACGCCUCUCUCCCCGGGAGAUCAGAGGGGAAACGAAGAAGGAAUUUCACGGCCUGGGCCUUUUGGAGUGCCUGAAAAAGAAAUAAUUUCCUGUGUUUCAAAUUGGAUUUUUAUACGAAGGAAUGAUCUACCAAGAGAGAAAGCAAUUGAUGUGUUUGAUGAUGAUAUUUUAUCUCAGCAUGUGCAGAGUAUUACACUGUGUAAUAGUACUGAAACUGCAACGACUGGAGAUUACCCUGUAGUUAUUUAUCAUUUAUACCGCUACAACUCGGUUUCACCAGAUAUUGAAGAGGAAGAUGAGCAACGAGUCAGCACCAGUUGGAUUCUGCCUUCUGGAGAAUUUGAUGGUCUAUGGGAAUCUCUUAUUUAUGAUUCAGGAUUAAAAAAUGAAUUGUUGGAUUAUGUAUCAACAGCACUGAAAUUCUCUGAAAAGAAAGUAAACCAAAACAUAAUAACAUUUAAUAGAAUAGUACUUCUUCAUGGGCCACCUGGUACAGGGAAAACUUCUCUUUGCAAAGCCUUAGCCCAAAAAGUUUGUAUUCGGAAUUCUUCCACAUUUCGUUAUGGGCAGUUAGUUGAAGUUAAUACUCACAGUCUGUUUUCAAAGUGGUUUUCUGAGAGUGGAAAACUUGUUACAAGGAUGUUUAAUGGUAUAAUGAACAUGUUGGAAGAUCCAGAAGUGCUGGUUAUUGUCCUUUUAGAUGAGACUGAGUGUGAGGAUUAA